AUGGCAGAAGAGCUCAAGAUACUGACAGGAGGGACUCUAGUCUCUAGAAACAAGGACUAUAUCGUCUUUUACAGGGGUAAUGACUUUUUACCCCCUAAUGUGACAAAGACAUUGAUCGAAGCACAAGACAUAAGAGCUAAUAGACAAGAGGAUGAAGACAAAGCACGAGAAAAGGCUUUGACUUUCAUUGACUUGACUCAUAAAAACUCGGUCAAAGGCCCGUUAGUUGCCGGGACCCUCGCAGAGACCAUGGCCGCCACCUCACGGUGGGGAAGCGAGCGGAGCAAGGAGGAGAUUGAGAAAAUGAGGAGGGAUUCAGCGGUUGCCAGACACGCUUCUCUUGUCAGAUUGCUUGAAAAGAAGCUAGCUCUUGCGAAAGGAAAGAUGAAAAAGGCCGAAAAGGCAUUAGCAAAAGUUCAAGAAUAUCUGCAACCAUCACAACUUCCUACUGAUUUGGAAACAUUAACAGAUGAGGAGAGGUUUUCACUUCGUAAGAUAGGGCUGAGUAUGAAACCCUACUUGGAGUUAGGGAGAAGGGGUGUAUUUGAUGGCACAAUUGAAAAUAUGCACCUACAUUGGAAGUACAGAGAGGUAGUGAAGAUAAUGGUGGAGAGGAAAAGCUUUGCACAAGUGAAACAUGUGGCCAUUUCUCUUGAGGCAGAAAGUGGUGGAGUUUUGGUGUCUGUAGAUAAAACCACAAAAGGGUAUGCAAUUAUUGUUUAUCGUGGAAAGAAUUAUGAGCGCCCAAAAGCAAUCAGACCCAAGAAUCUUUUGACUAGAAGGCAAGCUUUAGCCCGUGCAAUUGAACUGCAAAGGCGCGAGGCGUUAAAGCAUCAUAUCGUGGAGUUAUUGGAAAGAAUCGAGAAGCUGAAAGGGGAACUUGAGGAUAUGAAGAUUGUUGAUGAGGUUGAUGAAGAGACGUUGAGAUCGAGGAUAGAAGAUGAUUUGGAUUUGGAUUCGGAUGAUUAUGGUGGAAUGGAAGAGGAUGAAGAAGCAUACCUGGAAACAUAUGAAGAUAGUGAUCAAAGAUGAGUGAGAUCCAUGUGAAUAUUAGUUUUAGUUGUUCAUCUCAACACAUAUGCAAAACUCAGGUUAUGGAUCAAAGAUUAUGUGAUUUUAUAUUAUCUAUAUAUUUUUUAUGGCCUCGUGCCUAUGCUGUAUUUAUGAGUGAAAAGUCCCUGAAUUCUUUUGAAAUGAGGCAUGAGAGCUUGUUUAAGCGG